UCCGUACAAAAUCUUGACGUAGGAGGGAAUCUCGAUUUAUUUUAACAAUACCUCAAUCAAGCUUUCAUAUCGGUAAUGUGUAUCACGAAAGAUUAUUUGAAAAUCAACAAUUAACCAAACAAUAGCUAACUAGCUAGCUACAUAGCUACAUAGCUAACACUAGCUAACCUGUUAUCGACUAGCCAGGUGGUUAAACAUUUUGUUGGAUGGCAUACCUGACAUCAUGACUUAGAAGCUACCCUUGGUGAAUGGAUAGCUGCUAACUUACCGUUGAUGUAGUUCAUAAGAUGUUGCACUGAAGCCAUUCUUGGACAAACGUCGCCAGUCUGGACCAAAGUGUGUUUUGUCAAUAUGCCACUCUUCGGCCCCUGGAGAGUCCCGGAGAUUUUGAGAAUAUGGGUACUUUGCACAUCAUUAAUUACUUACAGUCACUCAUCAAAAUUGAACGUACCAAAACUCCUUCUCCCAUAUUCUACACACGCUUCUGUCAAUUUCACGCUGAAAGCAGAGACGGGAUGCUACACUUGGGAGUCCUCUCAUCCUGAUCUGGUCAGUGUGCUGCCCCUAUCUCUCUCUGCACCCUCUUCUUUCCUCCCUCCAACCUCCUGUAGUCAGCAUGCACGGGUCUCGGCACUCCCAACUCUAAAAACACCCACACAAAGGUCUGCCAUGGUCCUUGCUAAAAACACUGCAACUGGGCAGAUUUUGCGGUGUGAUGUCUACAUCAGUUAUAUUCGGAGCAUUCAGAUCCUCACCACAACUCAUCAGAUAUUUACCGAUGACCCACCGCUUCAGCUGUCUGUCCAGGCUCUGGACUCCAAAGGAAACACUUUCAGCAGCCUGGCUGGAUUGGAGUUUGAGUGGCAUGCAGGCAAGGAGCAGGUCACCCCAGGGAGAGUGAGGUUUCUGCCUUACUCAGAGGCUGGCUACUGCCCCUCUCCCCAUAUCCUGUCCCUGGAGGAGGCGGGCCGUAGAGGAGAAGAUGUGCUGCUAUUGGGCCUUGAGAGUGGCCCUGCCCUUAUAUAUGUGUCACUCAAGCACCCCGAAUACGAGCACGUGGACCCAGCCGGCGUGAGCUUGUCCAUCAUAGACCGCGUGUACAUGAGCCCGUCUGAAGACACCUUUCUGCUGCCGGGCGCCACCAUCACAUACAAGAUCUGGAGGAGCCAGCAGUGCAGCGAGACAGAGGUGACCUUAUCUGAGGAUGGAUAUCUGUUGGUGGCAGAGAGCCGAGCUCACUCUUACGACAGCGAUCAGAGGGCUGAAGUUAUUGGAGUGGACAAGCACACAGUCACCGCUAAGCACCUUGGCAAGGCUACCUUACGCCUCACCCACCAGAGUCUAGCAGAGGACUCUGGGUCUCUUCUGCCUAGCCACUCCGUGUUUGUGGUGGAGCCCAGCUACCUGACUCUAGACAUAGAGGAGGAGACGGAGGACAGGUGGGUGCUGGAGACCGGACGUCAGUACCAUGUGACCGUGCGGAUCCACGACAGUCACGGGCACAUCACCCACAUGUCAGAGAAUGUGGAGCUGGAGUUGAGGCUGAGUGCGGGUGAGCAUGUGAAGUUGCUCAGCUCCUCCUCUAACCUCUUCUCCCACGUGCUGCUGGCCCAAACGCCAGGACACACACUCCUCCAGGCAGCGCUCUUGACCGUCCUCUCCGAGGACGGAUACGCCCUGCCACUGGACCUACCAAUCAGAGUGAAGCAGGAAGUGGACGUCUACGACCCUCUCACUCUGCAGCCCUCCAUCUCUGUGUUCCCAUGGCAGCCCAGCAGCAGCAAGCCCUACCACUACCUUAUCAAGGUAAGAGGUGGGAGUGGCUCUGUGGUGUGGGGCGUGUCCGACACCUCUGUUGCCACAGUGACCAUUAAAGGGGAGGUGAUUGCAGGCAACAGGAUUGGCCAAGCAGAGAUUCUGGCUGCAGACGCACGGAAACCACUACACACAGCUGUGGGACAGGUGCAUGUGCUGAGGCCUGGCCAGCUGAAGCUCUUGCCCCAGAGAGGAGACUGCUGGGUGGGGGAGACCAUCGAGCUGCCCCUGGCUGUGUGGGGGGUCCGCAACCCCGACCUCACCCAGCGCGGCCCCCCAGCGCCAGAGCAGCAUGUGGCGUCUGACCCCCCCCCAACACACACCCGCCCACCACACAGCCCAGGUGCCAGGGACAAUCUGCUCCCAGCAUCAGACUGCUCACACCUCGACGUGCGCGUUCACACACACCCACAAGGAGUCUUCUCUCCUCUGCCAGGCUCUCUGCCUCCCAGUGCUGACUCCUGCGGGGGGGUUCGAUUGGAGGCUUUGGCACCGGGUCACGCACUCAUCACCAUCACCGUGGAGACGGACCAGUACAACAUCAGCGCCACGGCAACGUUGGCAGCUUACAGCCCUUUGAAGGCGCUGGUGUCUGAUGUGCUGUUGGAGGUGGGGGUGUCGCGUGUGCUGGUGUUUGAGGGUGGGCCUCAGCCCUGGCCCCUGGACCACUCCCGCUUCUACGCCAGCGCCUGGGCGGAGCCGCAGUGGGCCGUCGCCGUGGAGACGCUCGGACACUCCGAAACCGGCCGCCUGGGACACACUUACCGCGUCACGUGCACCGCAGAAGGAGAACAGUGGGUGAGGUUCAGGUGUGGGAACAGCCCGGGGGAGCUGAACAGGUCUCCGUGUGAAGAGGAGGUGGACGUGAAGGUGUCGUGCGGGGCUGCUGCCCAUGUCUCCAUCACUCCACUGCUCAACACCGCCCACCCCUCCACCUGCCCCCCGCCACAGUACCCCUCCACCCCCUUGGCAGUCUCCAGCACAGGGGACACCGUGUUGCAGGUGGCUGUCUUUGACCACAAGGGGGAGCAGUUUGACAACUUCACUUUCUCCUCGCUGGAGUGGUCAUCUUCUAACCCCUCUCUGCUUUCCCUGCCCCCUGAUGAGCCAACCUUAGUGGACAUCAUCGACAUACCCAAUGAAAAGAAACUGUACAAAGUGCAUGGUCGACUUGUAUGCCAGGCCCACGACCAGACAGGAGUAGUGACUGUUACCGCUCAGAUAUAUUGGUCCUCAGUGGGUGGCUCGGUGACUCUGCGUCUGGUUGAGGACGUCCAGUGGGCCUCUCGCUCCAUCACCCUCUACAACCACCCCCUCGUCACGGAGAAUCUCACUCUGGUUCAAGGCUCUGGGCAUUUCGUGGUCAGUUUGCAAGACAAAGAGCUGGCCAACGUCACUUAUCUGGAGAAAACCAAUACUGUGCAGGUGUCUCCACUGCGGGCUGGGUUCUCCUCUCUGAAGGUGUACGAUCUGUGUUUGACACCUGUCGACCGUGGGAGCACGAUGGCCAUCUCGGUGUCAGAUAUCACUGACUUCCGCAUAGACUUCAUGGACAUCGUGGAGGUAGGACACAGUGCCCUUGUGCGUGUGCAAGUGUUGGAUUCUCACCAUCAGCCAUUCUUACAUCAUUUCCUGUCCCUCAUGGACCUCAAGCUUCUCCCCUCAUCCAGCAUCAUCACUCUGGAGAGCGUGGGACCACUGGACAAAGCAUCUGUUGGGUUCCGCAUUUUUGGUCAGGCAGUGGGUGUGGCUACUCUACACCUAUCAGCAGUGGACAGGGACGGAGUGGUCAUCAACUCUGCCCAUAAGCACAUGCAGGUUUACCCACAAUUCACUCUGCAGCCCCGCAAACUCUCCCUCGCACUCAGGAGCAUACGACAGGUGAAAUGGGAAGGUGGCCCACACCCACAGUCCAGCGUUGGUUUCUCAGUGAGUGACAGUGACGUUGUUAUGGUAACAGACACUGGAUUGGUGAAAGGUGUGUCAGUGGGUGUGGCUAAACUCAGAGGAGCCUUGGAGACUAUUUUGCAAGACACAGGAGCGCUGCUUACAUUUGCACAGGAUGAGGUCGAGGUGGAAGUGUUUGAGCUGACGGGGGUGCGCAUACAGGCCCCACUGGUCAGGCUGACUGUGGGCACCGAGAUGCCAGUGUAUGUGAUGGGCAGUGACAGCAGUCAGAGUCCUCUCUCUCUGGGCAGUGUGGAGAGUGGCCUGAGCUUUCACUGGAGUCUGGGCAAGCUCGGCGUGCUGGAGAUUAUCCCACGACACACCAGAGCAGGGAUCAGCGUGUCACACACACACAGUUUCUCCGUCCUGGUAAAAGCGUGGGCUGCCGGCAGGACCACUCUGAAAGUGUGUGUGCGAACCUCACCCGCAGAUUCCUCGGCCGCGGACGAACACGGCCACUGUCCCUUCUCAGACGAGAUUCAGAUACUGGUAUUUGAAGAGAUGAAGUUAGCUGCAGGAAGUCCACAGUCCAUUCUCAUGUCUCCUCACUCAACAUAUCCCCUUCAGAGCAACAAGGACUCCAUCUGUCCGAUGCGUUACACCCUCCAUCAGAGCGUCCAGGGUCAUGGUUUGGUCACUGUUGAUGACCAAGGGGUGCUGAAGGCGGGUUCUAAGACAGGAGCUGCUCUCCUGGAGGUCAUUGCCACGGAAACAUGUGGGGUCAACCAAACCCUUCUCAUCAGCGUCAAAGUGGCAGCGGUGUGGUUCGUGCGGGUGUUUUCGGACUCAACGCUGCACAGUGAGCAGGGGGCAUCUCUGCCGGCCUUUCCCCUCGGCUGGAGCAUCCACGUCCGGGCCCGCUGCUAUGACAACCUUGGCCAAGAGUUCCAUGCCCACGACAUCCCCAUACGCAUCACUACAAACAGAGACGAUCUGGUCCAGAUAACUCCCGGCUCGGACAGUCACUCGUUCAUGGUGCAGACGGUGUCGUCUGGUCUGACCGUUUUGGGAGUCCAGGGGGACCCCACGAACCCCUCCCUCAGCGACUACACCCCCCUGCCCGUGCUGCCCGCCAUCUCCGACCCCCCGGCCAGCGUCCGGCCAGGAGACGUCAUCUGCUUCAGCUCGCCCCUCACUGGCCAGCAGGGCCAGCCAGGCACGUGGAAUGUGUCAUCGAGUCGAAUUCUUCAGAUCGACACCGAGACCGGGGUGGCGCUAGCAAAGCAUGCUGGCACAGUGGUGCUGUACUACUGGCUUGGUGUGGGCCAGCAGGCGCUCAAAGAGGUGACAGUGGAGCCUCCUGCCGCCCCAACCCUGACCCCACCUGAGGAUACGCACCUCACCAACUGGCCCCAAGCCCAUGGAUACGUCGUCAACGUGGACCUGAACACCUCGGUGGCCAACUCAGCCCAGUGCUCUGUGAACCAGAGCGAGGCCAUCCUGCAGAGGCUCAAGCCAGAGGAAGAGCUGCUCUGCUCGCUGCACUUCAGCGCCCCCUACCAGCAGCUCAACACACUGCAGUCCGUCUUCAGCACCACUCCCCAGUACGACAGGGACACAGGUCAGUAUAGCUGCCGGAUCUCCGUGCGCCCCCAGUCAGACGCUGCCCUCCCCGUCCUCUCCACGCUCCCCCUCUCCGUCUCGCUCUCCGCCGGCCUGCGGGGUCAGUCGGUCAUCCCAGGCCUCCGUCCUUCCUCCCCCUCCUCCUCCUCUCCCUCCUCCUCCUCCUCCUCGGCCGCUGCUGCUGUGGUAGCCCUCCCGUAUGUCCCAGCGUUCCACUGCCCCCACACUCAGGUCAACCUCUCCCCACGCCAGCCAGAGGCCCAGAUCACUGUACAGGGCGUCCGUCACAUGCUCAGCACGCUGAAGUUCUCCUCGGAGAGCCCAGCGCUGUUGCUGUCUGGGCCCGUGGUGUCGGAGCAGGAGCCCACGCUGCUGCAGGUGUCCGUGCGCACCUCCGCCUGGCACUACCCCUCGGACGAGGCUCCGCUCUCGGCCAACGUCACCGUCCACAGCAGCGCCUUCGCCCAGACGCACGCCAUCACGGUCACCGUCCUGGCCGACAGACGCACGCGCACGGCGGAGACGUCCCAGACAGAGGCCGGUGUUUUCUCUCGACUGUGGGAUUUCCAGCUCAUCCUGACGUUUGCCCUGUUCUCCAUCCUGGCCGUCACUGCGAGUCUGUUCAUAGUAUACAACGCCAUAGUGUCACAGUUUACUGCUUCUCCAUCGGCCAAUACAGCACCUACAGUCAGAGCUGACGGUAAACAGCCGACCUCAUCACCGUGGCUACAGUCGUCCCCUCAGACAGGGAGACCAGCGAGGCGCAGACUUUGGCUCUGGAGUCCACGCACGUGAAGUGCCAUCCCUACGCUCUCAGGAUACAAUAAAGCAAAUCACGUCUGUUAUCUCC